GGGUUUGGGAAAAAUAGGGCACAACACAACACAAAAGUCACAAUCACAAAUCUGAGUAUAGUGGAGUAGGGUUUUUUUGCGUUUGAGAGAAGCAUGAGCAGGAGUUUGGGAAUUCCGGUGAAGCUGCUCCACGAGGCUUCGGGGCACGUGGUGACGGUGGAGCUCAAGAGCGGAGAACUCUACAGAGGCAGCAUGAUCGAGUGCGAGGACAACUGGAACUGCCAACUCGAGAGCAUCACCUACACUGCCAAGGAUGGCAAAACAUCGCAACUUGAGCAUGUUUUUAUUCGAGGAAGCAAAGUCAGGUUUAUGGUCAUCCCAGACAUGCUGAAGAAUGCGCCUAUGUUUAAGCGUUUGGAUGCAAGAAUCAAGGGCAAGGGUGCAUCACUUGGUGUUGGUAGGGGCAGAGCAGUUGCAAUGCGAGCAAAGGCUCAAGCUGCUGGGCGUGGAGCUGCACCUGGAAGGGGUGUACCACCAGUGCGGAGGUGAUCACCAUUCAUAUAAUUUGUAUUCUCCCUGUCUGUUGGACAUGUUUAUGUGACAAAGAAAUUCGAACAGAAACUGAGUAAAGACAUUACAGAUUACUCUUUAUGGAUAGUACUUGAUCCCAAAUUUGUUCUCAUCAUCUCUAGUAUUUUGAUCUGCACUGUGUACUACUUGGCUAGGAGGAUUUUGUAGAAGGAAUAUUUGUUAAAAUGGUACAAGAUAGUAUCAGUUACAUAGGGGCAGUUUGACAACUGUUAAUGCUGGUUUAGAACUGUUCGUGGUAAAUUAUGACUCGUUUGAAACUGUGGA